UUGUGUGACGCCUGAAUGGUUGCCGCGGGCUCCAUUCGGAGCGCCUCGGCGCAGGCUCGGCUCGGGACAGGGCCGCAGCAGGUCGGGGUGCUGCAGACAAUGGGGCUCCGGAAGGCUGGGGGCUCGGCGAAGCCCGCUCUCUUUCUGGGGUUGCUUCUGCACCUGGUGGCCGAAAACGCCCCGAGCACCGCUAACAUCACCAUCCACAGUCACACCAUUUCUGUCGAUGAGGGCGUGUCGGAGCCGGUAGUGAAGCUUGUGGAGUCGGGUACAAAUCUGUCUGCACCCAAGGAAGUAGAGUUUGGAGUAUGUACAGUUACAUGUGGCAUAGGCAUUCGAGAAGUUAUAUUAACCAAUGGAUGCCCUGGAGGUGAAACAAAAUGUAUUGUUCGUGUUGAGGAGUGCAGAGGACCAUCAGAUUGUGGAUGGGGGAAACCAAUUUCUGAAAGUCUUGAAAGUGUGAAGAUUCCUUGUAUUUAUGUACCUCCAGAAAAUCGAUUUACGUAUAUUUGGAAAAUGUUGAUUCCAGACCAGCAAUCACUCAUUCUUCCUAAUGAUUCAGCUAUUCUGGAGGUACACAGGGAUACUCACCCGGUUGCAUUCCAGUGCGAUACAAGAGAAAAUGAAGAAUUAGUUGCAUCUGUAAAAUAUACAGUGUAUACAGCAGCUGAACUGGAAACAAGACGAUUGAAGAAGCCAAGCACAGAUAUAGUACUGGUGUUUGUCCUCAUAACUGGAGUUAUCGUUUGUGUUGGCGUGAUCUUUGCAAUAAUCUUCAUCAUUCUUAAUUGGGCCGCUGUCAAAGCCUUCUGGCAAACAAAGGUUAUGAGGAGAGAUGAACCAAGUUCACAAGGUUCAGUCAGAAACUCAGAUGACCCAAUGGAGCAAGGACCCACAGCCGAGGCAUCCCAGAUGUCACAGCUAGAAACCAAUGUACAGGAACAGGGUUCUUACCAGGAAUGGAAUGCGGAAGGAAGGAAGGAAAGUUUUUAGGAAAAAAUAGAUUAUUUUGAAAAGAGAGAUUAUAUUAAAGUAUGCUCAAAAUAUUAAGAGUACUCGUUCUGAGAAGUGCUUUUUGCUGCUCCGAUGAACCUAGCUUGUGAACAUUGAGAUAGUGAAACUGCAUCAACCAGAUUUAAAGAUUGCUUUCUGUUGUUAAGAUGAAUGUGGUUCACCAGGGGCCUAUGCCUGUCUGUGCUCUUAAAAGCCAGGAAGGAGAUUUAUUUUUAUAAGGUGUUAACCAAACUUGCAUAAUAAAUACGUUGGCACUCCGAUUCCCAA